CAGGGCUGCACGGCUGUAUUAUAUAACUUUAACGUAGGCUACUCACGGGUUUAAUGGCGCAAGAGCAGAAUAUCACGCCGCAGAUCUGUGGAUUCAUUGCGGAAUUAUCCUGAAAUUGCGAGUGAGUCAGCGAUCGAUCACUUUUUCCUCAUACCGGCGACGUGCGCUAAAAGUUAUCGACAGAUCGGCGAAACGGCGCACACGGUGGAUCUCGACAGCUCCAGCUCGGUCCGCGACGUUGUUGACUUUAGUUAAAAAAAGAGUUGAUAUUGCAGACGAUGUUUUCCUGCCGUACGGGGAAAAAGGUGGCAACAAAUCCAUCUGACAUUUCACCACGCAUCGUUACAGCAAGGAAGGGGUUUUAUUCGAGAGCUUGACUGUGUGGACAUUGUGUUAUUGCUCACAUUUUCCCAACUUGGACUGACAGGAGAUGACCUUACCGGGGGAGUGCUUUAUUCUUUCACUACAGGAUAAAGAAAUGGAUCAGGGUGGACUGAAGCGCAACGGUAAUCGAGACGACAGCCUGACAUUUGGGGAGACAGGAGCCGGAGUAGGCAGGGAUACGGGUGACACAGCUGGUUCACUGCUCCAGUCUGCAACGCACCUGCCCGGCCUCAGGUCUCUGACCCAGCCCACAGUGGCCUCAAAUGGACCGGGCGGAACCAAAGACCAGGGGGAGAUUGAAGGCCUCUUUGAGUCCCCUCAGCAUCAUGUCAUGUGUGAGGGGUCAGACAUGAAGAAGGGUAAACUCAUGAAUAUGCAGAAACGACACCAGGAUAGCGAUGUAUUCUGCAUGGAGGAAAAUCUGCCGAAACGGAGUACUUCCGAUCUCAACCCCAUGGACUCCGCUGUCAUCAGCACCUCAGUGUCCUCCAUCCUGGGCAACCUCCCUCUGCCCGACCUUUUUCCCCAGCACAUCAAGCAGGAGGGUUUUUCUCUUGAUAAAGACAUGGAAACUUACGGGACACACAUUAGGCCGUGUGAUUUGGAUGGCAACAGCAGUCGCCUAAUGGAGGAUACUGAGAUUUGGCAAGACCUGGACCUUCCUAAUUCUCUGCCAGAAAUCAGCGGUUUCGAGUUGGAUUCAGAAGUGGCACACUUGGAUAAUAUCCUGCAUGACAGCAGAGGUGAUGGUGGUCCUGUCAGCGACUUGCUAAAGGAAACAAAGCCUGCCGUGGUUAAUGGAGUAAACUGUACCAAUGUGAACAGCACAGACCAGCAGCAACACCCCGUCCACCACCCGCAGCAGCACCUUCUUCAGCACCAGCAACAUCAGCUUCACCAUCAACAGGAGCCUGCAUCACUGCUCUCCAGCGUUAUGAUCAAGGAAGAGAAGGAUCCCGACAACUCUUUCAUCCACAUCCGCACUCCCGGUGUCGUGAAACAGGAGAAGCAGGAAAAUGGUGGUUUCUGCCAGUCGCAGUGUCUCCAGAGCAGCAUGAGCUCUCUCCAUGGAGGAGGCGCCAUGUCCUCGUCUAUGAGCGCUGGUGCAGAACCUAACUACCACUACAGAGCCAACCCGUCCUCCACAGUGGGCCUACAAGACCAGGAGUCUUUUGGCAUGUACUCAAACCUGCCUCUGGUGGAGGAGACCUGGGCCAGGGGGAACAGAUUUGGAGAGUUGUCCGGGUUACAUAGGGGUGACAACGGGCUCCCCUCAGCCGCGACCUUGGCAAAUUUUUCUGUCAGCUUCUCCGGCACGUCACCCAGAGCAGGAGAGACCGGCAGUUCUGCGGUGCUGGGCCAAUCCAAGCCCGGUGGGCAGACGCAUAAGAUCUGUUUGGUGUGUUCAGAUGAGGCCUCGGGAUGCCACUACGGGGUUGUAACCUGCGGCAGCUGCAAAGUGUUCUUCAAGAGGGCCGUCGAAGGAUGGAGAGCGCGACAAAACACAGACGGCCAGCACAAUUACCUGUGUGCAGGGAGAAAUGACUGCAUCAUCGAUAAGAUUCGGAGAAAGAACUGUCCGGCAUGCCGCUUCAGGAAAUGUCUGCAAGCCGGAAUGAACUUGGAAGGUAAACAGUGUGACCCAUCAGCGCGGAAAAACAAGAAGCUGAUCAAGAUGAAAGUGCAGCGGCCUGCUGGAUCAUCAGAGCCUAUCAGCAACUUUCCUGCUCCCGGCAUCCCCAGGCCCUUACCCCAACUCGUGCCCACCAUGCUGUCUGUGCUCAAGGCCAUCGAGCCUGAGAUCAUCUACUCGGGCUAUGACAGCACCCUGCCUGACAUCUCCUCGCGUCUCAUGACCACGCUCAACAGGCUUGGGGGACAGCAGGUCAUCUCUGCAGUCAAGUGGGCCAAGUCACUGCCAGGCUUCCGCAACCUGCACCUGGAUGACCAGAUGACGUUGCUGCAGUGCUCCUGGCUCUUCCUCAUGUCCUUCAGUCUCGGUUGGAGGUCGUACGAGCAGUGCAACGGUAGCAUGCUCUGCUUCGCCCCUGACCUCGUCAUCAACAAUGAGCGCAUGAAGCUGCCCUUCAUGACCGACCAGUGCGAGCAGAUGCUAAAAAUCUGUAACGAGUUUGUCCGACUGCAGGUGUCCUAUGACGAGUACCUGUGCAUGAAGGUCCUGUUACUGCUCAGUACAGUACCGAAAGAUGGCCUGAAGAGUCAGGCGGUGUUUGACGAGAUCAGGAUGACGUACAUCAAGGAGCUUGGGAAAGCCAUCGUCAAGAGAGAGGAGAAUGCUAGUCAGAACUGGCAGCGUUUCUACCAGCUAACUAAGCUACUGGACUCCAUGCAGGAGAUGGUCGAAGGUCUUCUCCAGAUCUGUUUCUACACCUUUGUGAAUAAAACCCUCAGUGUGGAAUUCCCAGAGAUGCUGGCGGAAAUCAUCACCAACCAGAUACCAAAAUUUAAAGACGGGAGCGUCAAGCCUCUGCUGUUUCAUCAGAAAUGACUGCCUUAUUAAACUGUGAAGCAAUGCCUUAAAUCCUGCCCUGCCCGUGCACCUCUCGUUGGCCCCAAGUUUUCGCCCCGAGCCCUAAGCUUUCGCUUGUCCCGCCUCCCCCAUCACUCGAUUCCUCAGUUUUCCCACGCCCCCUUCUAGGAAUUCUGCCACGCCCCUCCAGGCCUCAGCCAUACAACCUAAUCUCGGAGAACAAUACCUGUGGCCUCACGCCUCCCAAUCUGCUCAUAGAUUGGGCCAAACCACCGUAGGCCACCUUACCACCGACAUGUAGCCCUUCCUUUUGGCUAAACAAGAAGAAAUUGUCCUCCCCAGGGGAAAAAAAGUUGGCUCUGAAUGUCUCGUGGGCAGGAUGCAUUUUGGGCGAUCAAUUAUUCUUGUUUUUUUUCCUACCCCCUUCUCCGUCCAUGGCCCUGUCCUCAGGUUUCUAAUGCUGUUUCUUUUGGAGGCCGCCUACCUCUUACUCUCUCCUGCCUCCAGUUUUCUAUUGCUGUUUUAAAUGACAAGCCAACACCUAGUAAAACCUUUUCCGCCCUCAACACGACGUAACAUACUGUCCAACUCGCCGGACCUAUUGAAGCUCCAUCCAAGUUCAAGUCUACUGUUCCUCCGCUCACCUGCCCAGCUUGUCUCUGUUUGCCCUUCCCAGCUCCACUGUGCAGAGAAUGUAGUGAGUGUUCACUUGUUGUGGUUUCCACUUGCCUGUUGGAGAUGAAGGGGUUAAACAAAAACAAAAAAAAAAAACACAGAAAAAUUAAAAACAUACUGACUUUUCUUCUGGACCGAAGGAGAUUUGAGGAAAAAACGUUUUCAGCUGUGAAUCGGUUAUCAUUUCUGAAAUGAUUUGAAUCCGAUUUAUAUAACUGACCGAUGGAAGAAAAACAAAAAAAAACAGGAUUAUUAUGUAAUAGAAUAUUCAUUUAUUUUAUGCACGCAUUUCUUACCACACAUGCGAAAGUCAUGCUUACACCCACACAAACUAUUCAAAUUAUUCACAGACACUCAUUCACUCAGAAAAAUGUUUACACAGGAUGUAUCUGAGAAGGGAAAAACAGUGCCUUUUAGCUUUUAAAGCUCUUCAUAGCCAUCCGUGGGGGGUUUUCUUUUCCUUAAUAAUUUAACCUUUUGACAAAUGUCCACAUAUUUCUUUCGCUUUUCCACGCUGGCAAUUUCUGUGUUCUUUCUAAGCAGCCAUUUUUUUUUGGUGUUUUCAAUGCGGGCAACUCUCUCUGUUCUGAACCCCACACAUACCCCCCAGACAUAGGCUACAUAAAGAAGUCAGCCUAUGGUACAAAUUAGAAAUGAAAUUAUAAGAUCUUGAUUUUUAGAUCUUAAAAAGUUUGAGAAUCAUAAGAAAAAGUAUAAAAAUAUAUAUUUUGAGUACCAAAACACAUAUUGUGUGUCUCUUUUUACCAUGUAAAGUAUAUUUGAUAAAUAUACUACUUCUCCCAAUCAGUAUCACAUUUUUACACAGAGGUACAGUAACCAGAAUAUGUCAACAGAUAUAAUGUUGAAUACACAUUCAAAAUACUUUAACAAGCUUGUGAGAAGCUGCAAUCGCAUUAGUGCUAAAUGGACACCACUGGAAUUAAACGAGGAAUAUCUGAUGUUUUGUAAUAUGUAGGGGCAGACUGACUGAUUUUCAUAUUAGGAUUUAGAUCUUUGAAUAGUCAGUGAGUUAAUUUGAAUCAAAUGUGUUUACAAACCUUUGCAAUUUAUUCAGAUGCAAUCGCACAGGUGGGGUUUCAAAAACUGAAUUGCCUUUUUGAAAAGAGCCACGGCGUCUGUGUGUUUAGUAAAUAGCCAUAAUGAUUCAAGCUAACCUGGCCUGAAGUCAAAACCGUCCUUUCAUCGCCGGCUGCAUUCACAUUAAAGGUUCUAGUUUAGUAAAUGCUUUCAUACAACUAUACUUUAAAGUGUGGUUUCAUGGACUAACGUGGCCAGACUGCCUGUUCCCACCCCAAGACAUCACAGUAAGGUCAAAUAGGAAUAACAGUGAGUUCAUGGUGUGUGUGUUGUUAUCUAACAGGAGUACUAGACUGGUUGGAUUUUCAAAAUAAGGUACCAUGAACACAGUAAGUGCUCAGUUCUCAAACCUCUAAAUACUUAGAAGUAUAUUACCUGACUGAAUUUCCGAGACAUAAUUAACUUCGCCAUGUGUUACUCCUGAUAGGUAAACAAAAAGCAUAUUAUUUGUGACAAAUGUUUUGGGUUUCACUCUAAAUACCAUUUAUAUAAUAUUUAAUCAGCUUCAUCUCAAAUUGUUUGCAAAAACAGGAAGUGGGGUUGUUAUCAAGUUGUCGAGCCCAACAUGACUAAAAAGGUUAUUCAAUAUUUAUAUACAUAUAUAUUUGUUUUGUAUAUUAGAUUUUAAAAAGAAUAAAAAUAGAGACACCCAUAAUCGAUGGAACCUCUGUUGUCAGGAUUUCACCUCUAACGUUGACAUUUUUUUUUGGAAGAAGAUGCAGUUUGAUCCAAAUAACUUGUGAAUCAAAGCUCAGGCUAUGAGUGACUACAUCACUUGGAUGUGUUCCACUAGUGCCAAAUGUUAUAUCAAGUUUUUAUAUGUCUUUUCUGGAGAUGUGCAGGAAUGAUAAUUCAAUUGGGAUUCAACAUUAUGUGGUUUUUCUAACUUUGCGUGAGGGUGCACAUUUAUGAGAUCUUAGUUCAGUGUCACACGUACACCAGCUUAAAACUAUCAAUUGUUAUCAUCCAAGUUAAGUGUAUGAUAGACCUUUUUCUUUUGGAGAUGCACAAAAUAUUGUAUUUUUGAAAUUGCAAAGUAAGCAGUAAUAUCAACUGUUGUCAAAUGGGUGGCGGUCAGCAUUGGGUACAUUUGUAAUGUGAAAACAUGUUCGUACCAGCUUAUGUGAUGGCCAAAGCAAAAAUACAUUAACUGCAGUUUCCUCAGCGUUCCUUGUAACUGCCUAAAUCGUCCACCGUACAGAUUUUCAGCUGUUUACUCUGCAUGGUACUCGUCCCUCCGCAGCGCAUAACUCUGAAUGGUAGUAGCAGGUUGCCUUUUGAGACCGGUCAUUUGUGUGUCACUUACAGCUAACAGCACAGCAGACUCUGGACGCAUACAAGCCACUAUUCAAUAAGAGCCAUCAUGUUUUUAAUCAGCCGUUCCGCCAAAGGAUGGUUGCUCACAGCAGGGUUGUUUCAUGUACAGCGCAGGCUUUUUAGCUGCUCUCGCUAACUCGGUCUCGUGGCCUUGUGCUGUGAAGAACACGGGCUUGAUGUUGAUUAUUCUGGGGAAGAUUUGACUAAACUUGUCUUAUUUUGUUUGGGUGACUUUUGCAUACAGUAUUACAGUUGUUUCCAGGUGGUGGUGCUUCAGAAUACCAGCUUUAACGUGUAGAUGUAACCAUAUUCCUGCUCAUUUCUAAAUGGCCAUAGGUGUAUAUAGCAACGCCGACAUAUCCAGUGCAAUGUAAACAGUGUCUAUUAUUACAAAAUAUUUUUACAUGGACAUAACCUCUAUACUCCUAUACAUUUUUCUCUUUUACCUUUCAACCACAUGUAAAGGCCUUGCGAAAGGGAGACAGAGAGCCAUAGAAAUACGUUUUCAAAUCAGGAAAUAGAUAAACCCUUAACAAAUAUCAAUGCUUUGAGAGAUUGAUCUAUUGUAAAAAAUAAAUAAAUAGGAAAGACGAUAUUUUCUGCGAUUUUGAAUACAUCAGCUGAUCCUCUUUGAUAUGAAUAAUUUUACCCAAUCCUUUUUGUACAUUGAACGCGUCAAGAAAGUAAAUAUUUUUCUGUUUGUUGGUUUGUGUUUGAUAAAGGUAGACGUGUUGAAUACAUUAGGAAGUGUUAAAACAUGUUUGUCUUGUGAAGUAAAUGUAAAUUCUACAAGUCAAUGGAAAGUCUAUAUGAAUGCUAACUGUGUUUUAAAGUUAUAUGGAAACGAGGGAGAGGGAGGAGCGGAAGGCGAGGCAGACUGGAGGAGGUUUUUGCGUUAUAUAAGAGUGACCAAAGCAGAGGAGAAAAAAAAGAAAAGAUUUAACAAACAAGAAGUAUUCAAGCAGUUACAUUUUAAGUAGCACUUACUAUCCAACUUCUAGUACUACUUAGUUUAUUCGAAAAGGUAUCUUUUGUAAAAGUCUAGGCUUUGGAUCCCAUGUAUAUUGCUGUGAGGAUUUACUGGUCACUUUAAAACAGAAAAUAAAACAAAAAAAAAAGUUGAAUCUCCGGGUGAAAGUAAAUCUACCAGAGCCUGACGGAAUUGCACUACCCUCAUACUGGUUGAUAGUCUAUUUUGUAUAAAAUACAUGCAAAUAUUAUCUUUAAAGAUUAAGGGCAGAACAUGUUUCACUGGUACAUAUAGCUAUGGCUUUCCUUGAAGUCUGUUUUGUUCGUAUUUCAGUUAUGUAAAUGUAAUCCAAUGUAAAAGCAAACAAAAAAUGUAAAAUGUUUGUUUAAAAAAAAAAACAAGUUUGUUUUACUUCUGUAUUACACCUCUUCUGUAGUCAAUGUCGAUAUUUUCACCUAUUUGAUUAAAUGUUGAAUUAAGU